AUGGCACGGGGAAGUGCGAUCUAAUCGAGGCUUCCUUCCUUUUUGUAAGACCCAGAAUGUGCCCGCUAGAAGAAGGCACGGACAUCUUUUCCUGCGUUUUGGGAAGGCCAGGCGGGCUGUGCGUGCCUCGCUCGGAGCUCAGGUGUGCCGAGAGUGAAAGAACUCCGCGAUUUCCAGUGAUAGCAAGCAAUGGACCAAGAUUCACACUGCGCAGCAGAAAGGGAACUGUUGGAAGCUGUAAGCAGAAUUACUACUUCUUCUACCACAAGUCCAUCUGAUGAAGAAGAAAAUCAGCCCAAAGCUGAACUUUCAUGUCAAGUGAGAAAAGAAAACCCAGAAAAAGAUGGCACACAAGAUUCCAGUGGAACCCUAAGUCCCAACUCUUCGAUGACCACUAAGGAGCUUCAGGAAUACUGGAGGAAUGAAAAACGCCAGUGCAAACAAAUCAAACUCCUUUUUGAAAUCCCAUCAACCAGAAUUGUAGAGCACCACUUAUCUAAAUAUGUGAUGUAUAAAAUCAUCAUUUUGCAAACAGGGAGUUUUGACAGCAACAAGUCUGUAAUUGAGCGGCGUUAUUCAGAUUUUGAGAAACUGCACAGAAAUCUGCUGGAAGAAUUUAGCGAAGAACUGGAAGAUGUAACCUUUCCCAAGAAAACUCUAACAGGAAACUUCACAGAAGAGAUAAUCAAUGAAAGAAAAUUAGCCUUCAAGGACUACCUGAGACUCCUAUAUUCUAUGAAAUACAUCAGAAGAUCAAAAAAAUUUAUUGACUUCUUAACAAGGCCAGAGCUUCAGGAAGCCUAUGGUUGCCUGCGGGGUGGCCAGUACACCAAAGCUUUGGAAAUCCUUUUAGAAGUCAUUGGGCUGCAGGAAAGGCUGACGAGAGGGAACCCUUUUGCAAUUGUCCCUACUCUCUGUGCCAUCGUGGUGUGCCACAAGGACCUGGAAAACCCAGCAAGUGCCUAUGAAUAUGGAGAAAAAGCUCUGUCACGCCUUUGUGUGCAUACCAGCCACAGGUAUUAUAUGCCGCUGUUAGAAACAAUGAUCGCUCUGGCAUAUGAACUUGGCAAGGAUUUUCUGUCUUUGCAAGAAAAACUGGAAGAAUGGAAGACAAAGAAAGAUCCCAUCCGGGUUUUUACCCUGAAAGAGCUUGCAGUUCGGGAGUACGUACGGUGAACACAAGAAAAAAUUAAUGAAAGAGCAAACUCUUGAAAGGAUGAGAACUGGAAAUUACCUGAUUGGGUUGCAUAACAUUGUAUUGAUAGGAAAAAAAUUAAAUAUCCUCCAUGUUCAAAGGGACAUUAACAUCUCUGUUGGAAUAUAUAAACUCUACUGUACAGAUAGGAGGAGUUCCCAAGGAGCACUUUAAGGUUUCUUGAAGGAAAUGUGCAAGAAAAUAAUCAUUUAUGAUUUGGUUAUUUUGAACAUAGCUUAUUUUGUGUGAAAAGUCAGAAUAAGAAAAUACAAUUAAUAAAGCACUUGAAUAUCUGAAGAAUCAGAGGCAUUACUUGUUCAUGUGGAAACAAUCUCCUUUCAAGAAGAAAAAUACCUUCUCAUUAGAUGCAAGCUGAAGGGUAAUCCUCAGACACUGAAUGUAGGUUUUUACUCCUCCAGCUGAGGCCUGGUCGAAUGGCACUUUGCUGGUUCUGAGGAUGAUGGGGUUGGUCCUGUUCCCACUGAAUUCAGCUGCUGUAGGCAGGAGGAGAGGGAAGGUUUACAAUCACCUUGGGUGGGAGCAAAAAAUACAAGUGAUGGUCAUUCCAUCACAGAUGAGGGAAUACACUUCAUCUCCCUUUUGGAACUAGCAGUUUUUUGACUUUCUGCAGUGAAGGCACAUUCUUGUUUGCUUGCCUGCCUUGGUAAUUUCCCUCCACUUUAAGGUCUCUCCCAUACACUUAUUUUAACAAUCUGGUAAAUUAAUUCUCAUAAAUAUUGUAAUUGGGUUGUCAUUAUCUAGCAUGGGUCAUUAUUCUUGGCUGAACAUAGUCCACUGAGUACUUUCAGCCCUGUACUUCUGUUACAGAUACUACCUGCACCACAAUGACAUUAGGACAUAAUUAGGAAUAACUGUAUUAAUUUAUCUCCCCAAGACAUAAAAGAUUCAGCUAAUUGGAAGUGCACUGAAGCUGAAAAACUUUGUUAAGAAUUGUUACAAGAAGGAUAUUUUGAAAAAAAUACAGAAUAAUAGGACUGUCUAGGGUGGAAAGUUAAUAUUUUAAGUAGCUAUUAACAGCUAGGCAUUAAACACAAAAUACAUGGAUUAUUUGUUAUUUGACAAUUACUAUUUUUUUGCUAGUUAUACAGAAGUAAUAGAAUUAAGAGUAAUUAAUUAAAAGACUUAAGGGCUAAUCUUCCCACAACAUAGCAAAUUGCAGGACAGUUAAAACGGAUCAAAGGUAGCACCUUCUUAGAGGAUGUGUGUAUCAGUAACAAAGCAGUGAAGAAAAAAGCAUGUCUGGGGUCUGCAUCACACUCAGGCAGUUUCAGGUUCAGGCAGAAAGGAAGCAUGGCCUUCACACUGCCAUGUGAAGAAACAAAAGAAUUGGAAAAAAUUAUUUCCUCCUUUUUGCCCUCUCCCAUCCUUGUGGGCAGCAUCCCAGGCACAGUUUUCUUGGAUUCUCCUCCAUUUUCUAUGGGAUGUCCAUGAAUAUCUACCUGCCUCUUUAAAGGCAUGUGAGAGCUGCCUGCUUGAGAUUAGCCUCAGUUUGGUGUCCUUGCUGGUAGUUGCCAAGGAGUUCAGAUUGGUGAUGCACAGAAAGGGCACUCCCAAGUGCAGUCUUAUUUUAGAAUCGGGUGUUUUUUUCCUUAUAAACUAGAGAAGUUACAAAAUUAUCUCAAUAUAUUUACUUUUGUUGUAAUGCAGUAGUGAGACAAGCUGGCUGAUCAGCCCCACAGACAAUCAGCCAAUUCUGAUUUCUUAUCUGUAGAACCUCAGAGUGGUUGGACCUGCCAAAAAAGUUCUCCUUCCUUUUACACGCAUUUCAACUUCCACAUAUUCUUUUUUAGUUGAUUUUUACAGCAAAGUGAGUUACAUGUUAUUACAUGUAACAGAAGUUACAUGUUUUUAAACUGAAAGGGAAUGGCACUCCUGCUCCCAUACUGUCUUCCACUGGUAAGAAGUCUGCAAGGACCAGGUUCCUUCUGCCUGUACAUGGCUUUAUCUUCCACAGUCAAAAAUCUGUAGGCAGGUAGGACAGAUUUCCUGCAGGCAGGCAGACAAGAUUAGCAUCUCUCCCAUUACCUUUGCAGCAAUAAGCAGUGUUGCUGUAUUGUCCUGGCCUUUCCAUCAGAUGUAUAACAAUGGAAUGGAUGCUCCACACCAGCCACCUCAUCUUAGUUUUCCUCUGAAGAAUGCUUUGAGAAUGGCUCAAAAGAGAAAUAGCUACCAUUUUCAUGCACAUCUACCUGCCUUGCUUACCUGUGGCCUCCUUCCACCCCUGCUGAGAAGCCACUGGAGAAGCCAUGGCUGAAAUGUUUGUGCUGUCCCCAGAGCACACAUCUCACCCCUCCAGGUGCCAGCUCAACGAAAGGGAAAAGGAUCCAUGAGAUCUGCAUCCGUGAGACUGUUUUGGAAGAAGAAAACUUUGUCACUGCAAGAGCAUAAUGUAAAUUAACUAAACAUGUGGUUCCUGCUUCCCCACAUCCAUUUUACUUCCACUCUUCCCUGCUGUACAGUAUUUGCAUGAUAAAAGUAUGUUUUAUAAAUAAAUCCAUUUCAUCCUUUUCCUGGGUCCCCAAACAAUGUGUCCUUUUUUACAAAAUAUUUCUUCAGUUUCAUGAAAUAGAUAAAAGCAAACAUUUGCUGGCUUUUGUCCCGUUUGCAUCAC